ACCCGAAAAAAAUUCAUUGACAUUGCUAAUCCCUAUAUCGCUUCAUCGCUUCAGAAUUUUCGGGUAAGGUUGAUUAUAAUAGAAUACAUACAUAGGAAUGUACAAGUUCUGAUAAAGGGCAUAAAAUACUGACAAUUCGUCAGAGAAUAACUAAGAAGUAAUAGUUUAAGUGAGAAGUGAGUUACAAUAACAAUAUAAGGAAAUUACAAGGUAAACAUGACAUGUACAGUGGAACUAAGUAGUGGAAAUAUCUAUAAUCCUGGGUCAACUAUUUAUGGAAAAGCUUUUUGUCAAUUUUAUGCACAAGAAGAUUUUAAUGUGAUCAAAUGCACCUUUCGUGGUGAAGAGGCAACCUGUUGGACUACAACAGAAAGACAUUACGACAGGUUUAAAAAAAGGAAAGAAACUAGAACUGUCACACAUCAAGGGCAAAAUACUUUUGUAACUAUUGAUGUUAUAUUAUCCAAUGAAGGUCAACUACCCCAUGGUCAGUAUGAGUAUCCAUUUUCUAUCAGACUUCCGCCAAAUUUAGCGGGUUCGUUUCAAGGUCCUUAUGGAACAAUUAAAUAUUUUUUUGUAUUCAUAGUCGAUAAAGGAAUACGUAGCAAUUACAUGUGUGAAGUUCCUUUAACUGUAAUAUCGCCCGUAGACUUCAAUAAAAUUCGAGAUGAGCUACAAUUGCAACCUACAUCUUAUCAAGAUGAAAAAAUCUUAGGCUGUUGCUGUUGUGCUAGUGAUCCACUGACUAUGGAAAUGCGUCUAGAGAAAGAAGCAUUCGCAAUGGGAGAAAAAAUGAAAGUAAAUGUGAGGAUUGUGAAUCUGUCUAAUACAACUGUUCCACGCGUGGAGCUAAAUCUACAACAGAAUAUCUGGUAUAAAACUUUGACUGGAUACCGAAAACUAGAUCCAUACAUUUUGAUCACGCUUGCUGGAAGUGGCGUUGGCGCUCAUGGUGAUAGAAACUAUAUUUUUGAUUUUGAAAUACCACCUGUGGCUUUGCCAAAUUUUUUCGGAUGCUUAUUAUUUGAAACACAUUACAGUUUAAUUGCCAAAGCUGUCGUUCCAGGAUUUCACACAAAUCUUUAUGUUCAAACUGGUGAUAUUAUGUUAGGCACUAUACCGCUUAUUGAUAUUCCUACAGAAACCUCUAAAUUGUUGGACCCGGCACCUGCAUAUACAUAUGAAGAAACGUCACAAAAUGAGAAAAAUGGAAUUUUGUUUUCAAAUAUUGCUAGUGCUCCUGAAGAAGAAGUACCGUCAGCUCCCCCAAAAUCCAAAAUGAUGAACUAGGUUGCGGAUAUACAUUUUAAGUUAAUGGGUGAGUCCACUUCGUCGUUAUCUCUGGAAAAAAGCAUGUUUAUCCAUUCAAAGAAUUAUUUUUCUACCUCUAGUUGUACAUAAAUAAAACAAGAAUACAAUAUCGAUUAUUUUUGCAGAUAAUAGUUAUAGUUUUUAAGUAUUGUUAUCUACAUAUUUACAUUUUAAAAUAAUACUUUUGUACUUUAAAUUUUUAAAUUGAAUAUACGUAUCUACUUUGUUUAA